AUGUCCAGUCUUAGCUCUUCGCCGGUCGCCUCGACUACCACUGGCUCUAUCUACUCGAUCCCAAAUAAUUGCAUUUACCUUGUUGAAAUCAUUUUUUAUGCGAUAUUCUUGUCAUAUACUACGUUUCUUCUGUUUCGAAAGGGUAGAAAGAAUGCUCACGGAUGGGUUUCUUUAACCAUUUUUUCUGUAAUGAAAAUAGCUGGUUCGGCAAUGCUAUUGUCAGUGGCUGCCACUGAACAUAAAGGAGAUGUUCCAUCAACUGGUCUUAUCACUGCAGGUUUGAUUUUAUCUAGUAUUGCAUUGGGACCACUUGAAAAUGCUGGUUUGGCUUUUAUCUCUCAGGGGUAA